AUGGAGCUCGACUGGCGCAGCACGCUGUCGAACCAGGAGCGGUCCAAGUACAUCACGGAGCUGGCGCAGAUUCUGGCGGACAUUAGCCAGAUCAACGGGGGGGCGCGCGCCAACUUUGACCUGGAAAAGCUCAAGAAGACGGCAGAGCAGUUCGAGACGAGUCUGUACGCGAGCAGCAGCUCCAAGGAGCUGUACCUGGACGCGAUGCGCAAGCGGAUAGCCGCGAUGGACGCGGCAAAGAAGAAGACGCUGGCGAACCAGAAGCAGAAGGCGGCAGCGCAGCGCAAGGGCUUCGGGCUGGCGCCGACACUGAAUCCGCAGAUGUUUCUGAACCAGCAGGCGCAGGCGCGGCAGCAGGCGCGGCCGAUGCGGGGAAGCGUGGGUGGGGGGCAGUCGCCGGUGAUGAUGAUGCCGCAGCACGGGGUGCCGGCGCACGUGGCGCACGGGGUGCCGCCGGGCGUGGCGGUAUCGCAGGCGAAGCGCGCGCAGCUGUCGCUGCAACAGCAGCAGCAAAUCAACGAGAUGAAGGUUGCCGAGAUUCCGCGCGAGCUGCUGCAACGGAUCCCGAACAUCCCGCCAGGCGUCACGACGUGGCAGCAGGUGACCGAACUCGCCCAGCAGAAGCGCCUGACGCAGAGCGACCUCCAGAUUGCGAAACAGGUCUACCAGAUGCACCAACAGAUGAUGGUGAAAUCGAAGAUGCAACAGGCCAGUCUGAACCAGCUGACCCCCCAGCAGCGCGCGCAGCUCCAGCAGCGGCAGCAGUCGACGCAGCAGAGCCAGUCUGCACCGCCGCAGGCGCCACAGGUCGCGCAGUCCCAGCAGGUGCCCGCUCAGAAGCCUCAACAACAACAACAACAACAACAACAACAACAACAACAGCAGCAGCAGCAGCAGCAGCAGCAGCAGCAGCAGCAACAACAACAACAACAACAACAACAACAACAACAACAACAACAACAACAGCAGCAGCAGCAGCAGCAGCAACAACAACAACAACAACAACAACAACAACAACAACAGCAGCAGCAGCAACAACAACAACAACAACAGCAGCAGCAGCAGCAUGCGGCGGCUCAGGCGCAGCUCCAGCAUCCGAACGCUUACCAGCAGAAAAACAUGAUGGCGCAGCAGUCUGCCGCAGCGCUCCAACAGGGCCAGCAGCAACCAAGGCAGAUGGGUCCACAGCAGGCGCGAGAAGUACCUAACGUUUUAAAUAAACUGAACCAGGUUUUCUCGCCUGCGGAACAGAAGGCAUUGUAUGAAAAUGGAAAGAAGCUUGUGCAGGAUCUGCAGCUCGCAGGUAAGCUUCCAGCUUCCUUGACACAGCAGCAGCAGAUUCUAUACAUCAAGAAAUAUAUUAAUCAAAUGGUGCUCAAGAAACUCCAGCAGAACAUUCGGUUAGCGCAGCAGAUCGGUGCAGCGAACUCUGCGAACACGCAGUCGCAGAUGGCGGCUCAGGCCGGUGCGAGAUUUACGCCUGGUAUGGCGCAGCAUAGUCAAUUUGCACAGCAGCAACAUACGGGCAACCAAGCACAGGUUCAAUCGCAGGUUUCGCAAUCGAUCUCUCAGCAACAAGCUCAAUUGACCCAGAAGGUACAGCAGGCCCAGCAGUCGCAAUUGCAGCAAACUCAAGAACAAGAUCCACAACACACACAGCUUGCGGACUCUUUUUCUCAAAGACAGUUCACCAGUCCAACACUUGCAAAACCAUCUGCUAACGUUUCAACGAUUGCGCAGCAGCAAACCCAGCCAACCGCUCUCUCUCAAUCUCAUCCUCAGCAACAACAAGGUUCACAAGCUCAGCAGCAGCUACUUCAACAACAACAAGGUUCACAAGCUCAGCAGCAGCUACUUCAACAACAACAACAGCAACCACCACCACCACCACCACAACCACAGCAACAAACACAACAACCACAACAACCACAACAGCAGCAGCAGCCCCAACCUCAACCGCAACUACAACAACAACAACAGCUUGGUUUACAGCCUCAUCAGCCACAACUGGCGCAGGCGCAGGCGCAACAACCACAACCGCAGCAGCAGACGCAGCAGCAGACGCAGCAGCAGCAGCAGCAGCAGCAGCAGCAGCAGCAGCAGCAGACACAGCAGCAGACACAACACCAACCACAACCACAAUUGAAACCACAAUCACAGCAACCACAACCGGUUCCACAGCAAGUCCAGUCUCAACAACCACAGCAAGUCCAGUCUCAACAACAACCACAGCCUCAGCAACUUUCACAGCCUGCCCAACAACAAUCGCAACAACAACAGCAGCAGCAGCAGCAGUCUCAGCAGCAGAAGCUUCGCCAAGUGCAGCUGCCUCAGCAGACACCCAAGAUCACAUUACCUAGGCCAACUGAACAAGAUAUGAUGAUCUUGAAGAGGAUCAACAGUGAAGUCGCGAAAUCUCCUCUAAGGCUAUCUAAUAUUACUAACCAGCUAACACCGGAGCAGAAGCAGAUGAUAAAGAACAAAUUACAAGCUAACCAGCAACUUCUAUCCAAUGUUGAUAACUUCAUUCCCACUCUUUACUUGAUAACGAGAAAUGAAGAAAACGUUCGUCAACUCUUACAGAUUCGGAUGCUGGCCAAAGAAAUAAUGGAGCAUGCAUCGAAGGGAGUUUUCAUCGUACCUCCAGAUGUUGUCGACAAGGUUAUCUUUAGGUAUCAGAAGUACUAUGAAUUUAUCAAGGAGCAACUAUUGAGGAGACACCAGCAGCUUUUCAGCACGCGGCAGCAGCAAAUGCAGCAGCAAGUUGUACAGCAACAACAAGCUGGUCAAAUCAAGCUUGGUCAGAAUGCUGUAGGAGCUCCACAAAAUCCGCAGGUAACAACCAACACUGAUAUUGCUAUGCAACAGCAAAGAGUGCAAGGUUCGUUCCAGCAGAUGCAACAGCAGAUUAGACAGCAGCAGGUCAAGCAGGCUCAGCUUCAGCAAGCUCAACAACAAGCUCAACAACAACAGCAAGCUCAGCAGUUGCAGCAGGGCCAUAUGCCUGUGCAGCAGUCAAUGCCAUUGGCUGGCGUGCAAACGGUCAUGGCCACACAGGCUGCGACUCUACCUCAACAUGCUUCUCCUGUAUCUUCUAAUACCGCCAAUAUUCCAAAAACUGGCGACGCACCGGUUAGUAUUGAUAGCGUAACCCCUGUCCCACCUGGUAUUGUUAAUUCUUCUGGGCCAUCGCCCGUCGCUGGGAAGCAAAUCUUAGCUGCCACCAUGGUGCCACAGCACAAGUUGUCUCCAACGAAGUCAGAUUUUGCACAGGCCCCUACAGCUGACAAUCCUUACCAAGUGGAUGAGUUGCGGUUGAAGAACUUAGCAAUCAGAAAAGCAGAAAUUAUGUCCCGUUUCAAGCAUCGGCAGGAAAUAUUUGAACACUCACCAGUAGAUCUCUUUUUAUGCACACUAGCUGAUUGUAUGGGAAUCAAGGAUGGAUCUUAUGAACUAUUGGCGCCCAUUCCGGCGCUGAUGGUAGAACAGAUUAACGGAACUGGUAAGAAGAAGUUCACAAAAGCCCAGCAACGUGUGCGGGAACAGGACUCCAUUGAGUGCUAUGUUAAAGACAACAAGCUCAUGAUGUCGAGCAAAUUCUCAGCCGAUGAGCGUUCCUACUCAAUCCACGACAGAGACAUAAGCUCGUGUUUCCUCGAUCUCUACGGAUUAAGUGACUGCACUAGCCUCAGCUUUGACAGCUCUUCUGCGGAGCCACCUACAGAACAGGUUAACAAGAAAAGAUCACACGACUCCCUGGAGAUCAGCCCCGCAGAAUCUGAUUCGUCUCUACUAAACGACUCAAAGAAGCUCAAGGUCGACUCCCCCGACGACCUCUUCAUGACCUCCAACAUGAUGUUGGAUAACAAGAACGCACAGCCUCCCAUCGGUCUUGGUCUAGGUGUCGGCCUGGGUGAAGCCGGAUCAAGUAUUUGGAAUUGGAACUAUUGGGAGUCCCUCUAG